AUGGACGCAAGGACCAUCCAUAUACCAGACCACAUCAAGCAAUGUUACCAACAACCGAAUCGACACUACCACAACCUCGGUCAUGUGGCUCACAUGCUACGCCUCGUACCCGACGACCACCCUCACAUGCUAGAGCUGGUCUAUGCUACGUGGCUCCACGACUGUGUGUACGAUCCUAAAGCGGCACACAGCAAGAAUGAAGGGGAGAGUAUCAGGACCUGGAGAUCACAUGUUGAAGAAAAUGAAGGUCUGAGUAAGAUCAAAGAUAUCGUCUCGCUGAUGAUAGAAUGUACCAUGACUCACAAGCCCCCCUACGAACCCCCGGCGGAUGAAGCCCAAAUCGAGUUGAUCAAUCGGUUUCUUGACAUGGACAUGGAUAUCCUGGCGUUCUCACGGGAGGGCUACCUUGGGUACGCGAAGAAGGUCAGGCGAGAGUAUGCACAUCUCACGGACGAGCAGUUUCGGAAGGGUAGGGCUGCGUUCCUCAGAAGCGCGAUAGAUAAAGGGAACGUGUUUCCUUUAGAUGAGAACCCGGGGAAGAAUGAGAUUGCUCUUGGAAACAUGAAGGCCGAGCCUUAA